AGAGAAGAACGAAGGGAGGGAAUGAGGGAGGAAAAGGAGUGGCCUCUGUGUGUGUCGAUAGCUGUCUUUCUCUCUCAGUGACGACAUGGGAGCGACAACAGGAGAGUAGAGCACCGAGAAAAGACAAAAAGAGAGUGAGAGAGAGAGAUAGAGAGAGAGAGAUAGAGAGAGAGAGACGGAGAGAGAGACGGAGAGAGAGUGCGACUUGUCCUUCAGAAAGGUGAGGCAGCAGGUGAAACUAAACGACUUUAUCACAUGAUCUCUACCUGUGUAUCAGCGUAACACUUCACCGUUCACACACACCGAAUUAGACGAGACUUUAAAUAUCCGGUACGAAUAACAUCGCCGUGUUUGUCGUUCAGCGUAACAGGACGUCGUCUCUACAGCACCAUGACGUCCGCCGCUCCGCCCAAGAGGAUGGUGUCCUCAGUCUUCAUCACUCUGGCGUCUCCGUACAGAGCCACGGUCACGCCCACGCCGCAGAUCACGCAGCACUCCGCCGUCCCCGUCAGUCCCACCGACGCACGCAGGAAGUCCUCCACCUCCUCCACCUCGGCCCCGGAGUCAGGACACGCCGUCGCUCCCGCUGAGGCCCGGCCCAGUCCUCUGGAGAUCCGGAAAACACACAGCAACAAACCCGACGCUACACACACUCUGUACAGAGCGGGAAAGAGAGAGGAGAAACGCGCUGAGGAGUUUUUCCCUCCACCUCCCCCUGUGUCUCUGGACUCUGGGGUCUCUGAAUCCAAGCCCCUUCCUCCACCGCCUCCACCCACCUGCCCUCUGUCUGACACCAAACGCGAACCACUGGCUUCUACACAGGAGGUGUGUGUGGAGAGAGCGCCUCCUGCUGAUCAGAGUCAGAACGCCCCGACUGCAGGAGUUCAGACUGAAGAGGGGCUUACACCGGAUGUGUGUGGGUUCUGUCGUAAGCCCGUGGCCCUGAGCGAGCCGGCGAUCGAGGCCUUGAACAGGACGUACCACAGCAGCUGCUUCCAGUGCCGACAGUGUCACGCCGCUCUCGCCGGGAAAACCUACUACAACAAGGCCGGGAUCCCUCUGUGUGAGGACUGCUACCAGGCCAGUCUGGAGCCGUGCUGGGCGUGCGGUGAGGUCAUCAUAGAUCACGUGAUCCGAGCGCUGGAACGAGCCUAUCACCCGCCCUGCUUCGUGUGCACGACCUGCAGGCAGCCAAUCGGAGAGCAGCGUUUUGCACAGGGGGAGGUGGGGGAGGUGUACUGCCUGCAAGACUACUACAGGAAAUACGCGCCUCAGUGCAGUGUGUGUGGAGAGCUGAUAAUCCCGAGAGAGGACGGGACGGACAGCUACACGGUCGAGUGUCUCGGACGCUCUUUUCACGAGGACUGCUACCGCUGUGAGCUGUGUGCGGUGCUUCUCUCCCCGGAGCCCAACGAACACGGCUGCCACCCGCUGGACGGACAGAUCCUGUGCAAACCCUGCCAUCUCUCUCUGAUCCAGACGAGCCAACACUAAACCCACGCCACAUUAUCGCUAAACUAAUCGUUUUCCUCGUUACGUCAUUCUGCAUUCAUGCUCUCGGUCCAAAACGCUUGAACUCUCAUUCUAAAACACUUUUACUGUGAGAAAAAAAAGCCUAGUGUGGCUUACCGUACCAAAAAAAAAAAAAAAAAAAAACACCAGAAACACCAAAUCUCACACACACUUACCUCAUCAGAAACACUCCCACUUCCUGAAGGUCAUAGGUCAUCGAAAGUUCAUCGUUUUCUCGGCACUAAAGAAACUUGUUAUAAGGAAACAUCUUAACAGUAUUUAGUUUACUUCAUAAACCACAUUUAAAAACAACUCACUAAAAAUGUUGCUUAAUGUGUUAAAACAAUUUUGAAAAAUUUGAGGUGGAACAAAAUGGGAUGUUUAUAACUGGUUAGCUAGUUGAGUAGCUAGUUAGCUAGCUAGCUCUGCGAAUUUUUUUUUUAAAACUCAACUUGCGCUUUAAUGAUUAAUGAUUAAUGAUUUCCUCUUGUAUUAAAAAGUGAAUGUUUGAUUUUAAUUUUUUCGUGGCUGGUGUAUAAUCGGUUGAUUCUAAAUAAAAUUUUCACAAACACAGCUAAGCUUUGUAACUAGUUAGCUGGCUAAUCACAUUGCUUUCCAAGACAUAAAAAAUGUACGCAUUAUUUACGUUGAGGCAUAUUAGGGAUUAUUUGUUUCACUCUUAUCUGAAAUAUUGGCUAUUUGCCAUAAAGUUCAUGGGGAUUAAAAUAGGGAUUAAGAAACACUCGUAUUUGUUCCACACUUUAAAUUUAUUAAUCGUAACAACUGUCUGAUAAUCCUGUCUAGCGUUUUAGAUCGUCUCCUAGAGUUCACACUAAUCAACUGCUAAUUGGUUUAUGAGCUAGCAGGCUACAAUAGCAAUAGAUGUAGUGUUUUCUAUGCUAGCUAGUGUGUUAAAAUGAAUUAUAGUGGAACUCUGAGCUGCGUUUGGGACGCAGCCGGAUACUCAGCGAUCCUGUGAGAAACGCACGAGAGCUACAGUGCUACAUGACGGACAAAAAAACAAAACAAAAAAAAAAACGCUGUUCUGAUUUAAAGAAACAGUUUGGCGAAAGCUGGAACAUAUCAAAUCCCCUUCGAGUCCAAACACAAUGAUCAGCCGAGACAUCAUCGUUUUCUGAAAUGUACCUUUUUCAUUUUGCACUGAAGUCUAAUACUAAGCAGCGGAGGCUAAUAGUUGUAGCAUUAGCGGUUUAGCGCGCCUGAAACCGUACAGAACAAACGCAUCUCAUGACGAUGAUCGAUAUUAUUUCACUUUUGGCUAAAACAUUCCUUUGGUUUUGGGAUAAAGAUUGUAUACGGAAUUCCUGCAGUACUGGGAAAACAAAGCUGGGAAAAAAAUGCUUUUCCCUUUUUCUUUUUUUUUUAAACAAUGAUUAUGAAUAUUCAAUAUUAGCUUAUUUUUAUAUUUAGACUCCUUCCAGUCUCUUCAUUUCCUUUCCUUUUAUAGACGAUGUAACAGCACGUAUAUCAAACAUAUCCAGUGUAGUCUGAUUUAUUUUUGCACUCUUUGCAUAAUUCAGUGCACCAAAGAUAUUUAUUCCACAUUAAACAAGAUUCCAUGCCUGUUUUUUUUUUUUUUUUUUUUUUUUUUUUAUUAGCACAAAUAUUGAAUCAUAAGAAAAUGUGUAUUUUUUGUUCUAAAUGAUGGAAGAAAAUAAACUGAUAUGUGCCACA